AUUUCCUCUCUGCCGACGGUCCCCAGUGCUGCACCAGUGCAAUGCCAAGGCUGCAACAUUAGCGAGCACAUUUCCCCCCAUUUUCACAACCCCCCUGCCGUAUUUCUUUCCACUCUUCCUUUUUUCUUCUUUCCCCUCUUUUCUUGAGUAAACUGCAUCGUUUUUUCCCCGGCCAUGCCGAACAUCGUGCUGUUUAGUGGGAGCUCUCACCACGACUUGUCCCAGAAAGUGGCUGAUCGACUGGGACUGGAGCUUGGGAAAGUGAUAACGAAGAAAUUCAGCAACCAGGAGACGUGUGUUGAAAUCGGGGAAAGCGUGCGUGGCGAGGAUGUGUACAUCAUCCAGAGCGGCUGCGGCGAAAUCAACGACAACCUCAUGGAGCUGCUCAUCAUGAUCAACGCCUGUAAAAUUGCCUCCUCAUCCCGCGUCACCGCUGUCAUCCCCUGCUUCCCCUACGCCCGGCAGGACAAGAAGGAUAAGAGCCGAGCGCCGAUUUCUGCCAAGCUGGUAGCAAAUAUGUUGUCCGUGGCCGGUGCCGACCACAUCAUCACCAUGGACCUCCACGCCUCACAAAUCCAGGGAUUCUUCGACAUCGCCGUAGACAACCUGUAUGCAGAGCCUGCUGUUCUUCAGUGGAUUAGAGAAAAUAUUCCUGAGUGGAAAAACGGCAUCAUCGUGUCUCCAGAUGCCGGCGGAGCAAAACGCGUGACGUCCAUCGCAGACCGUCUGAACGUGGACUUCGCUCUCAUCCACAAAGAGAGGAAGAAGGCUAACGAAGUGGACCGCAUGGUGCUGGUCGGUGACGUCAAGGACCGCGUGGCCAUCCUGGUGGACGACAUGGCCGACACCUGCGGCACCAUCUGCUACGCUGCCGACAAGCUGAUUGACGCCGGAGCGGUAAAAGUGUACGCCAUCCUCACACACGGCAUUUUCUCCGGUCCAGCCAUCUCUCGUAUCAACAGCGCCCCGUUCGAGGCUGUGGUGGUAACCAACACCAUCCCACAGGAAGAGAAAAUGAAGGCGUGUCCGAAAAUACAGGUAAUCGACAUCUCGAUGAUUCUAGCAGAAGCAAUCAGGAGAACCCACAAUGGCGAGUCAGUGUCCUACCUCUUCAGUCACGUACCGUUGUAAAAUAAAUAAGAGGGGGUGGCCCUCUAACCCCUCUCUCUGUCAGGCCCCCCUCAGCUGCCUCUUUUGACCACAUAUCCACCUCCAGAAAGGCUGAAAAGGACCAGAUGGUUUUUUGGCCAGAAAACAUGUGACUUUUUAAAGGUCAUUGCCCACACAUCGUCUUUGACAUUUUCACCCAGGAGACAGAGCGAAAUAUCACUUCCUUCGCUGAAGACCAAGUUUGUAUUUAUGAGUAUCUCUCUCUUUUUUUUCCGGUUCAGUUUUUUCUCUUGUUUUAGUUGCAGUUUUGCCAACCUUGAACCCCAGAGGCCUGGCCUUCACUUUAACCAAAGGGUCCAUUAUGUAACAUAAUGUAUUAUUUGUACCUCAAAUCGACUUCACUUUAAAUGAGGCAUUCCACGAUGUCAUGUGAUUUGAAAUAUUUUGGCUACUUCUGCUUCACAGAGAAAUACAGAAGUUCAAGGCACACUAUGCAGGAUUUGUAUAGACAACAUUCAAAUUUGGCCCCUCAUUCCUGGCUCAAUGACACCAGAGCAAGCUGGAGGAGUGAAUGAAGAGAGGGAGCAGCGUAGUCAAUCAGAUAAAUAGAAUCAAGUUAUUUUCUGACUGGUUCACUGUGGUUACACAAACACGCUCACACCUCUACACAACCCUGUGGGUAGGUGCUUCAUUGCCAAAUUUGGUGUGUGUGUGGCGCCCAACCUGACCAUCGGUCAAACACAGACCCACAGCAAAAUUAUACUAAAAUACAGGCAGAGAGAAAUAUACACACACACACAGUGGAUCAAAACACAUGAUUGAGAGGGACUGUUUUUUGUUUUUUAGGAAAAUCCUGCAUAGUUUGCCUUUUUUUUUUUUUUUUUUUUUUUUAAAUGUGAACAGCUGCACCCCCCCCCCCCCCCCCGCGCUUCAAAAUGUUUGCUUUAACAGCUGCUAAAAGUAUUAAAAUAAUAUAGUUCUAGUCUAACCCCUUUUUAGCUAAUUCUAUAUUGAUUGUAAUAAUAGUUUCUGCUUUGUGCUAUCAUCAGGCCCCACAGUAGUUUAAAAGUUGCACCACAAGUCGGAUUGUGCCCACUGACAUAAAUAGGAGGCUAAGAGAGAUUAGACUGAACACUCUGAGUCACUCACCUGACAAAUGUACUGAUGCGUCUUACAACUGCGAUGUCAUUUCCUCCAAUAAUAAGCUGCUGUGUUUGUAAUGACAACCCCCUCCAACACUCUUAGUUGUGCUUAAGAAAAAAAAAUCGACAUUUACUGACAACUUUCCGCACUCUGGGACUGGUCUGUCAUUGAUUCAAAGUGUCUAUUACGAGGUGUAGUGGGUGCUUUACCUGCUGUUCAAAAGGUCACGAAAACUAAUUGAGCCCAAAGCUUGGUUAUAGUGUUAAAGAUGUUCAUCAUGAUUUUAGGCGAAAUCAUGAAAAAAAAAGAAAGAAAAAAAAAAAGGGGGGGAUUAAUUGUCACAGCUGUAAAUGGGUCACUUUGUUUGAAUAAGGCAGGCUUCACUGUUUGCCUCAAGGUUGAUUUAAAAAAAGAUGGUGGAAAAGCGUGAUUAAAUUUUGUUUUAAUAUGUAACACUUUCAGCUGUUUAUUUGACAAUAAAGCUUUGACAAUG